CGGGCGCAUCCGCGAUGCACGAGACUGCACUGCAACACUGAAUUGAAUUAAUUUACUUGCUCGACUCGGGUUGAAAAGACCCGAGCUCGGAAGUGAGCGUGAAUGUGUGGUGUGUGUUUGUAGGUCCCAUGCACAGAGCAACUAAAAGAAAUAAGUAGGCUAUGUGUGUUUGAUGCUCGGAGAGAGAGAGAGAUAGAGAGAGAGAGAGAGAGAGAGAGAUUGAGGUGUUGAGCGUGCAUCCGUCUCAGUGUUAUCUGAGCGUGCUCUGAUGGGGUAACAGAAACGCUACGUGGUGCAGGAACAACAGUGGGAGCACAACAAAGCCUGGCAACUCCGCAGAAGCUUUUUAUAGACAUAUGGAGCAGCAAUAAACCCAAACAGCUAUCAUAUCUGGACCCAAGCCACGGAAACCGAGAGCAAAGCUGGUGAUUUCGGUGACGGGUGAGCUGAACUGGACAUCCACAAGUCUCUCUCUAUCAGGAUCCUUGACAUUUGAAGAGAUUUAUUUUUUGCCGUCCUCCCAGGUGUCACACAAGAUGGAUUUUUUCCUGCCAGCUCUCUCCUGAAUUGCCAAUGUGUUGGUUAGUGUCAGUGGAUUAUUCAUUUUUCCACAUGUGCUCUCGCGUUGAAAAGCUUUCUGUGAUGGAAGAGAAUGAUAUUUCUGACAUGGAGUGAUUCAGCAUUCAGCAGUGAGAUUCUUGACAGAUGUCUUGGAUACAGUAGCAUAUUGGUAUGACUGGAACGGCAAUAAACUUUCUAAAUAAAAUACAAAUGGCUUAUUUUCUGUCUGUCUUGACGACAUGAUUCGUGAUGUUCAAAAUAAUACCGUAUGAUUUGUUUUUAAUGCACAGACAAGAUCAAAUCUCGACUUGAGAACGGUCUCUUUGGGUACGUCAUCCAUUUUUUCACUUUCUUGUUUUAUUUAAAGCUUUCCCUUUGAAUUUUGAGAAGCUCGGCGUUCUUGGACUGAGAUCAAAAGGUGUGAUGUCAACUCAACGAAGUUUCCACAAACAGCCAUGUUUACCGUGUUUAGACCCGAAAACGGGUCUUUCAUUGAGAUAGGAUCAAACCUCGCCGUAGGGGUCUUCAGACAUGACGCCCAGAGUCCUCUCCCCUCGUCACGGCUGCUGUCGUCCCCUCGUGAAGGAUGUUUCACUGCGCAGUGACGGGACCCGAGCGCCCUGUCCGCAGAGCAGAGAUCCGGAGGCACAUUAAGAGGGUCAUGGAACAGCUGGAGGAAGUUCUCUCAGAGCUCAAGGACGUGGCCAAAGAGCUUCGAGAGGUUGUGGCUCAGAUUGACACAUUAACAUCAGACAUCACCCUUAACCCUGAGGAUGACCUGACAUCGACGUGCUGCAGCGAGGAUCACGAGACAACACCGGAUGACCUUUUCCACACUGAGAUGUUAUCGGACAACCUUGACCUCUUACUGCACAACUCUCUGCUAGAUACAGUCCGUAAGCCAUCCACAGCUAGGACACAAGAUUUAGACCUGUGUCGCAGGAGCUGUGGAGAUUUACCUGCUCUGAACGGACCAUUAAAGCUUCCAGACAGCCCAAAAGCCUCCUGGCUUUACGGUUCUGGAGGUCGGAUCAACUACUACGACAAAACGCUCUACCAUGCUCUGUGCUGCGAUGAUGAUGAUGAUGAUGAAAAUGGAGGUGGAUUGAGGUCAUCUAGACUCUCGUCCACCGAUUCAGUGUUUUCACCUUCACCGCGGUUUCUGACUCCCACAUUCGUUCGUAAAACAUAUUCCAGACCGGACUCGGCCAGAGGAGCUCUGCGCAGUUGCAGUAUGCAAACGGUUUCCGAUAAAAGCACACAAACUCAAUUUCCAUACAUUCCAGUCAAACAAAAACCUUCAAGUGGAUACAAGCACUAAAUCUUCUGUCAUUUGUUUAACAUGAUUUUGUGCAUAUUCGAAUCGAAUGCUUAAUAGAAUUAAUUCUUUGCUAUUAAUGAAAUGGAUUUAUCAUUUUCUUUUUUUCUCAUGGGGUUUGCGAAGAACGAUUUAAAGCGUGUUUUGAUUCAUUAUAAGGCGUCACGCCAAUGACUAAAUAAUCAUGCAUCACCACAGAACAUUAACACUAUUCCAAAGCCCCCUAAAGAGUGAGAAUUGGUUUCGGUCACACCCACACUGCGCAGUAAAUAGAUACGGUUAAAUCGAGCGGGUGGUAUGCUGCCACAAAGAGUUACUAGAAUACAAAUAAUGGGGUUUAUAUUAAGCUGUGGCAUUAUUAAUAAAAUGAUGGAUAAAACUUCUGGCAGCCGCUUUUUUUCCGAAUCAUUUUCUUCUCAUCAGGACAUUAAUUUGAAAAAUCUGUUGCUGUGUGUUGGAUGCUUGCUUUUAGCAGUACAUAACAUUAACAAAAGUAACCCUCUAUGCAGGGUAACCAUGGUUACGGCAAUAAAACUGUAAUUAAAAAGGAAAUUCAACAAAGUGACAGAAAUGUGAUGAUUAAUAAUUUUUAUACUUGGGGUUACGGGUCGGAUCAAAUCUCCAGGUUUUUUUACUCGAAAGUUUUCAUCCAGCACCAUCUGUUUCAUGGACACGAAUCAGACUUAAAAUGUUCAGACUGAAACCAGAGGUUAAAACAUCCAAUAGACUCGAAGAAAAGGUCACUCGAAGAUGGACAUAGGUCAGUAAGACUUAGGUCAAUAAGGAACCAGUCGAGCCAUCUUUGCAACUGUGAAGUCAUAUGCUACGUAAAAUAGAAACCUGCCUGAUCUCACAGAAUUUUUUUUUAUUAUUUUACAAUACUUAUUUGUAUUAAUUCUUACACUGUGAAUCACAAAACACUCACGAUUAAUUGAAAAAAGCAAUUUGCUUGUUAGGUGUGGUAAUGGACACUCAUGGUGUGCUGUAAAACUACAGAAAAACCUCAGUCCUCACCUUUAUCUCCAUAACGAAAUAGAUACGAUUCAGAUACCCAGAUACGAUUCAUUUUUUAGAAUUAAUAAAAAAUUGAUCUUGGAGAUCCCGUGAGACUGGAGACUGUAGUGUACAUCGUGAGUUUGUCAAAGUUUUGCUUGUGAUAUGAAUAAAUAACAUUCCUUACAAUUAUUAAUACUAAAAACGUCCAAGUAAGAUCGUACAAAUUCACAUGAAUUAUCCACCUUGUAAAAUUGUUACAAAUUGCUGUGUUUAAAACACAUGUAUACACAAUAACUAAUAACUAUGGAGAGAAACGAAGACAAUGUCGUUAACAUUUUUUGGGGUAAAAAGGGUAAAACCUUAAAGGGACAGUUCAGCCCAAAAAUACAUUUUGUCUUCAUUUACUCAACCUCGAGUUGUUUUAAACCUGUAUACAUUUCUUUGUUCUGAUGAACACAGAGAAAGAUAAUUGGAAUGCUUCAACCAAACACUUCUUGGCCACCAUUGACUAUCAUAGUAGGAAAAAUGACAAUGGUUGUCAAAAGUGCCCCAGAACUGUUUGCUUUCCUACAUUAUUCAAAAUAUCUUCUUUUGUGUUCAACAGAAGAUACAUUUAUAAAGCCAUUUUUCCUACUAUGGUUUUCAUUGGUGGCCAAGAACUGUUUGGUUACUGACAUUCUUCCAAAUAUAUUCCUUUGUGUUCACCAGAACAAAGACAUUUAUACAGAUUUGGAACAACUUGAGGUUGAGUAAAUGAUGAGAGAAUUUUCAUUUAUUUUUGUUUGUAAUGUUAAGGCUGCUUCACACUUAGAACGAUAACUAUAACAACAUUUUGACAAACAUUUUGUUAAAUUCUCUCUCAAUUGCAGGUCUCUUUGGAUAAAAGCGUCUGCUAAAUGAAUACGAGUAAAUGUGGACAAUAAUUAGUCCACACCAGCAAUAACGUUAUGUUUAUCUAAGUUCGUGCGCUGCGAUUUUUACAUAUUACGUUUUUUUUUUAUUCAUACGGGUUUUGAUUGGCUGGUAAUGUUUUAUUUUCAUCAAAAACGUGAUCGUAACAAUAUCGCUCCUCUGCAUUUUUAUCAUUAUAGUUGUGGUGUGGACGCCUCUCUUAAAUUUUAAAUAAUUGAACUUGAUCUUUAUUUUAGUUUUGGUGUGAAAAAGUUUUAAAAUUGAAAAUCCAGUGUUGGUUAUAUAAGCAGGGGUCUUGUUUCAUAAGGACAUAAUGCUUUGCAGUGUCUGCAAUAUAGCUGUAGUAUAGUCAGUUGAGUAGAGAAUAUUAUUUAAACACAUAGCCUCACUUGUGUCUGAACUGUGACGUGGUGAGUUCAUUCUUUCAAGAGACCUCACAAGGCCAUGAUGUUUAAUGCUGUCAGUGUGCAUGAGGUAAUUGAAUUAGAGUCUCAAUCAUAGGCUUUACCUCAGGCCCAUUUCAAUUGAAGACAGCUGUUAUGUAAUUAUCUAAUAAAAAGCCAAUCAUUGAAAAUGCCUUCAAGGGAGGCUGCGCUGGCUCUUGUGUUGGGAAUACCUUUUUGUUCUUUAUUAGAGGCCAAUACAGAAGACAAAGGGUUUCAACAAGGUUGAAGACUAAAGUUUUAAAUGUAUACUGUAAAGCUAAAAAAGUAAAGAUGUUGAGGCUUUAAUUGCCCUUUUUACAAUUAAAGCCAGUUGUAAUUGGUAACAAUAACCCUUUAUAAAACAUACGCUAGAAAG